AUGUCUAAAAAAGAUAGGGUUUCUGCACAGAAGCGGAAGUUGCUAGAUCAGGCGGGGGCUGCUCGAGGUAAAAAAAAACUUAAUUCUUUCUUUGAUAUACAAGCACCAGUACAACAUGUGAAAGUUGUGGACACCGUCGGCACAGCGAGUCAAAUCGCCAACAAUCAAAGUCGUCCCAUUGCUGCAGAAGAGCUUGAUAAUACUGAAGUAAUAGGCGAAGAUGUGGAUAUCUAUUCACGUCCACAAAACGAAAUUGAAUUUGAAUCUAAUGUAGACCACAACUCUGUCAACAGUCACACACAAGAUGUGGAGUGGAUAAGUACAGAAGAAUUCACCUGGACGAUUAGGUAUUUUAGGUUCAUAUAUUUACAGUAUAUCAUUAGAUUUCAUCAUUCAUCAUAAAAUAAUAAUUGUCCACACACACUGGCGUGGGCAGCGUCGAUAAUUGGAGGGGCAAAUAUUCAUAUAUUCAUGUUCACAGACCUUAAAAACAAUCGAUUUUAAAAGAAAUUAAUAGUGCAGAACAUAUAUGAAUAUUCGCCCGCUCAAUUAUCGACGCUGGCUACGCUACUGUCCACACAAACAAUAAAAUGCCGAAUUAUCUAAGCAGUGCUAUACUAAAAUAUCAACAAUGUUAUAAUUAAGCACUCAUAUAAAGUGAGAUUCAUCCUAGGGCUCAGCAUGAGAAGCUUCAGCAGCACAAGUACCUAAUAACAAAAUUGUUUGCAUUCAUUCGCCUAAUUUUCUCUAAUGAUGGUGCUAAAGAUAAGAAAUUGCAAAGAUACAGAAUGUACUGUAAUAAUUUUAGAAUACUUAUCACAUUUGGGUGGGUGCACCCCAAAUUAUUAGCAGUGUCUCACUGUGUUUCGUAUUAAUUAUCGCUGAAAGCCAGUGCUGCACUGCCCUUGUGUCCAGUGGAGGUGGCAUUUUUUGCUUUUUUUUUUUUGGGGGGGGGGGUUGAGAGACAACCCGAUUCUUUUUGAGGGGUAUGUGAUAGCUCAUAGUCCAUUAUAUAUAGGACAGUACGUAUGUUUCUUGUGUUUGGUAGUCUCAUGUUUUUCUAUCAAACUAUAAUCAUCAAAUAGAAUAAUUGUACACAAGCAUUGUGUAGAUAAAAUAUAUAUUUAAAAAGUUGUCUCUGUUAGACGUUUCAACCAGGUUGCUACGACCUGACUGAUGAAGGCCAUACGCAUAUAUACUAAAACUAGAAAAUACAUGCAUGCAGAAACCCUCGCCUUGCUGACAAAACCAUUGUAUUUUCCGAACAUGAAGUUCCAAAGUAGUUGUCAUGGUAACACGAUAAUUUUUUAAGAAUAUUCUUACAAAUGAAAAAUCGCCUAAAAAUAUCACUUUUAAUUACAAAAUUAUUAAUUUCCCAACAUAAAUAUAUGUUAGGUAUGUUAUUAUUAGCCUCAAUUUAAGGUAAAAUUCAACCACAAGCGCUACGCAAAACGUUUUAAAGUCACUAGUGUUCUUUAUAAAACUAAACUGCCUUUUAAAAUGGCUUUAUCGAUAAACUUUGAGUUUGCAAUAAAAUGAUUUCAAAUUCUCGCUUGCAAAUAACUCAGUGCUUUCUUUUUUAUUUAGAAAUUCAAUAUCAUAUUAAAAAAGGGAAUCAAUAUUAAUUAAAGAUACACUAAAAUUAUAUGCUGUUUGUUUAGUUGUUUCAUAUACGCAAAGGCCGUCGGGUUUUAAAGCCAUUAUAAAAUCAAUAUUUAAAACAAAGUUACCUUCGUUAACGUCGGCUCCCUUCUUUUAGCCGAUUCUUUCGCAGUUUCAUUUUGAGAGAGCUUUUGAAAUUUACAAAUCUUGCAAAAAUGCGAGUAAAAAUGAAGUAUAUUUGCAAGAAAUUUAUCAAUCAUCAAAUCAAGAAAUGUUUGCUAUUUCGCUGUCGUGAUGCAGUCAUGCCAGUCGUUAUAAUGCAAAAUUUAAACUGGACCAAUCAGUGUCCGCUAUUCAUGACAGUCCGCCAUAUUUUUGAGAUCAGUGAGGAUGACCACCCAUCGUUGGUCACCCACGCCCGCGAUAUUUGAUGAACUUUAGACUCCGCUAAUGCUUUCGUUUCCCCUGGUGUAAAUAGCCGGGGGGAAUUAGUACCCUCGCACGGCGCUUUGCGCCGUCGGCUCGGGGAUAAAAUGCUAGAGUGCUAAAUUUUCAAGGGAGCAAAUUAGGAGGGGGGGGGGGAUAAAUAUUAGGUGACAGAUGCCCAACCCCCCUACCCCCUUGAUGCCGCCACUGGUCGUGUCCAAUUCACCCUGUUCUAUUAUUAGAGGGGAGAGUCGAAAAAAGGACAGAUGUUUCAAUGGUAAAUGGCUUACAACUUGGCCUUGGUUGCAGUACCACAGAGGAAAGCAAACUGCAUUUUGUUCCAUCUGCUCAUCAAAUCAAAAGGAAGGAGGUCAUGAUCCCAAAGCAACAUUCAUUUAUAAAGAUGAAACAUCAGAUGGAUUUUCGUCAUGGAACAAAGGCCCUGAACGCUUUAACAUGCACCAGUUAUCUGAUUACCAUAGGCAGUGUAAGACAAAUGAGUUGUUAAAAGAAAAGGAAAAGAUACCGCAGCUUCUUAGUGAUGAAGAAUGCAGAAAUAAUAAAUUACGGCAAGAGGGGCUAGAAGCCCAUUUUGGGACCCUAAAAACACUCCUUCGACAAGGUUUAGCCAUUCGACGCCAGGAAGAUAAAGAAAGCAAUGCCUACCAGUUUAAUAAAGAUAAGAGUCAACAUAUUCCUGGGCUAAAAUUAUUAAUGAAAGAGAACAGGUUUUUGUCUCACAGCUUGCUUGCAGAGCAACAGGAAAUGCUUGUACUCGAGGCUAGACGAGCACUAAACAUGGAGCUCCAAUGUGCCAAAUACUAUGUCAUCAUUGUAGAUAAGGCCACAGACAUCUCAAAGUCAGAACACAUGUCCUUAUCAGUCCGUCACUGUACUGAGUAUGAAGUAAAAGAAGAUUUUAUUGGCAUUUAUGAAUGCAGGGAAGGUGUAACAACAGAUGCUCUGUUUGAAUACAUCAGAGAUAUCUUAAUAAGGUGUCAACUGGAUGUGAUAAGAUUAGUUGGAAUGACAUUUGAUGGUGCAAUGGCCAUGAAAUCACUGGCAAGGAAAAUCAAAAGUGAAAUGAACGAAUCAGCCAUAUUCAUUCACUGUUUAGCGCAUUGCCAAGAACUGAUCUUCAAAGAUGCCACCAAGCAUUGCCCAGCAUUGGAGGACGCUCAGACACUAUGUGAAGAUCUGUAUGUUGUUGUAGGGAUCAGCCCUAAACGUGUGGCUCUAUUUGCCAAGAUCCAGGAUGAGAUUGACAGUGAUGAUGUGUUGCGCCUCCAGAACCUCUCAAGGACUAGGUGGACAACAAGAGGGGCUGCAGGAAACGUUAUAACUUUAAAGCAUGCAGAACUAUUAGCAACUUUAAAGAUUAUUUCCGAGGACAAAAAUACUGAUAGCAAAUGCAAAGCCAAAGCAAAGGGGCUUCUCAUGAAACUGGAAACCGCCAAGCACAUGUUUAAUAUGUUUCUUAUGAGAGAUCUGGCACACAUUCUGUAA